AUGGUCCUGGACAUUGAUUUGUUCCGUUUGGAAAAGGGAGGCGACCCUGAGCGCAUAAGAGAUAAUGAACGAAAACGUUUCCGAGGUGUUGAUCGUGUUAACAGAGUCGUUGAAGCUGAUGAAAAGUGGCGCAAAGCCCGAUUCCGGGGCGACACGCUGAAUAAAGUUAAAAACCUGUGUAGCAAAGCGAUAGCCAAAAAGUACAAGCUAAAAGAUACGCAAAAUGCAUCUCCGCCAGGACUAUACGAUCGGCUGUCAACUGACCCAGAGUCGGUUACGGAUGAGAACAUUUAUCCUCUAUCCAUUGAUGACCUCAAGAGACUAUCCGCCUUCAUCGACGAUGAAAUCAAAGUGAACAACGAGUAUGUUGUGAUGCUUGAGCGUACUCGCAAUGGAUUACUUUAUGAGGUGGCAAAUUUGCUUCAUCCCGAGGUUCCUGUCAGCGAUAACGAAGACGAUAAUCUUGUAAUCCGCACAUUUGGGAACAGUGACUUCCGGAAACAGUACUCUCAUGUGGACCUGGUCGUUAUGGUUGAUGGUUUCGAAGGCGAACGUGGUGCCUCGGUUGCUGGUGGUCGUGGCUAUUUCCUCAAGGGGCCUCUAGUGUUUCUGGAGCAGGCCGUCAUACAGUUAGCCCUAAAGAUGCUACAUGAGCGUGGGUUCACUCCACUGUACACACCAUUCUUCAUGUGCAAAGAUGUUAUGCAGGCAGUUGCACAGCUCAGUCAAUUCGACGAGGAACUAUACAAGGUCACCGGGAGGCGCGAUGGUGGGUUGAAGAAAUCGGAAGGGGCCUCGACGACAGACGAGGAAGAAAAAUAUUUAAUUGCAACUUCUGAACAACCGAUAGCAGCUUACCAUCGGGACGAAUGGCUUGCAACCGAUCAACUCCCCAUCCGAUACGCUGGUAUUUCCACUUGUUUCCGACAGGAAGUCGGAAGCCAUGGUCGUGACACGCGCGGAAUAUUUCGCGUCCACCAGUUUGAAAAGGUGGAACAAUUCUGUAUAACAAGUCCCCAUGACAACCUUUCCUGGGAGAUGUUCCACCAGAUGAUCGCGAAUGCCGAGGCUUUUCAUCAGGCACUUGGAAUACCAUACCGAAUAGUUUCAAUCGUGUCUGGUGAGCUGAACAAUGCGGCAGCCAUGAAAUACGAUUUGGAAGCCUGGUUCCCUGGUUCUGGAGCCUUUCGGGAACUUGUGUCUUGCAGCAAUUGUACCGAUUAUCAGUCCCGUCGGCUUGCUAUUCGGUACGGACAAACAAAGAAGAUGAACAGAAACGUGGAGUAUGUGCAUAUGCUUAACGCAACAAUGUGUGCGACAACUCGGGUAAUCUGUGCAAUAUUGGAAAACUAUCAAACCGAUGUGGGCAUUAUUGUCCCCGAAGCGGUCAAGCCUUGGAUGCCUGAUGCAUAUCAAGAGCUCAUACCGUUUAAACGCCCCGCACCUAUCGACCAGGAUAAAUCUACCGCCCCCAACACAGCGGAAAUCAAGCCCAAGAAAUCCACACCCAGGGAGACUCCAAAAGAGCCAAACCAGGCAUUCGGACAGCCUGUAGACGAAGUUGCUGGUUCAAUCCAAAACUUGCAUGUAUCGGAGGAUGUAGCUACCGCAGAUACUAGUGUCAUUUUGAACGAUCAGCCUCAGGGAGAUUCACACUUAUUGAGUCCUUCAUCCAUAAAUCAGGGUCAGGGUUCCGACAGCUGUUCGCCCAGCGGUGGGGAGAAGAAAAAACGGAAAAAGAAAAAGAAGAAAUCGCAAGCAACAGAUGGUGCAGUUUAAGUGAAUCCCACUUUUAUUGUUUUUGAUGAAAACAUGUCGAUAUCCCUUCUGCAGCGCCCGGUUGUUAAUGGUCUGUCUAUUGGAAUACAGCCUUUUGUGAGGAACG